AUGAACAAAAUUAUCGCUAAACGUGGUAGGGCUAAAGGGUGCAUUACGAAUGCAUCAUCGUAUAUAGACACUAUCGAUACGACAACGACCCUUUCCACGUUAGAAUUUCGCCUGAAUAAACUCGAAGAAUCGUGGCAAGAAUUCGUUAGCUUACAAAACGAUUUGUUAGACCAUAUAGACACGGAAGGGUACGUAGAUCGCGAAUCAGAGUAUGCUGAGUAUGAGGAAAAAUAUUUUCGUACACAUGUGGCUCUUGCAAAUGCUAUUUUUGAACUUAAGAAAGAACAUACCGAUAACAAGUUGACCCCUUCACAAAGUAAAGCUCAAGAAAACAAUCGCGGGGCUCCUAUAAACGCGGCUUCUAUAUCUACUCAAUACACACCACAGGAUGUCCCUGAGGAACAUACAGAUUUUCCAAUUCGACGUGCAUUGAAUCCGAUUCAGCUACCUAAAAUCACAAUUGAACCGUUUUCUGGUGAUUAUAAAGACUGGCCAACUUUCCGCGACAUGUUCUUAGGAACCGUUGACUCAAAUAUUACUUUAUCACCGGUUCAAAAGCUACAUUUUCUGAAAUCAUUCCUUCGUGGACGCGCCGCGGAUUUAAUCAGUCAUGUUAAAUGUUCUGAAGCAAAUUACGUUGAGACAUGGGAUAGGUUGGAAAGACGUUAUGACCAAAGACAUUUAAUCAUUAAAUCUUUCAUUGAUUCAUUUAUCUCACUUCCGAACUGUUCUAACGGAAAUAUCGAAUCGCUUAAUAAAAUUGCGGACGGAGCGGAAGAAGUUGUAAGAGGUCUUAACGCACUUGAUUGUAACAAUAGGGACCCUUGGCUCAUUUAUAUGUUGCAUGAAAAGUUGGACUUUGAAACCAAAAAGGCAUGGGCUGCAGAAACAGGUUCAAGGGAUGAUAAAACGAUAAAUGAGUUUUUGGAGUUUCUGCAAUUUCGAUGUCGAUGUUUAGAAACUUGCCAACCAACUACACGUCCCAGCCAAACUCGUAGUGUAAAGUCAUCUAAGGCAGUUUUAUCACAUGUCGUUGAAAAUCGUUCAGUAUGUCUUAAGUGUAAAAAGGAUCAUUUGCUUUCACAAUGCCCAGAGUUUAAAGCUUUGACAGUAGCUGCACGUCGUGAAUUUACUAAAAAUUCUUCUUUAUGUUUUAAUUGUUUGAGACAAGGGCAUUCGUCUAGGAGAUGUCGUUUUAACUCUCGUUGUAGUUUGUGCAACGCUAGGCAUCAUAAUUUAGUACAUUCUUCCGAAAAUACACCUUCGAGGCCUUCAGAUCAAUCUGUUCCGAAUUCUAAUGAAUCGAAUCAGAAUUCUGAACAACCUGUCAUUGCAAAUCAUUCUAUUGAGCCUUCACAUCGUACCACAACUAUUUUACCUACAGCUGUUGCUUGGGUUAAGGACAAAUCUGGGAAUUAUCACAGUGUUCGUAUGCUUCUCGAUUCGGGAUCGCAAGCAUCAUUUGUAACCGAAGGAGCAGUUCUGCCUCUGCAGGCCAGACAAACGGACUAG